AUGAGCGGCCAGCAGCCCAGCCGCCACGUUAACGGUUUCAGCAAUGAAGCAUCGUGCAAAAAACGAGAGGAUUAUUUGGAAUGGCCUGAAUAUUUUAUGGCAGUAGCUUUUUUGUCAGCACAAAGAAGUAAGGAUCCAAGUUCUCAGGUUGGUGCCUGCAUUGUAAAUUCAGAAAACAAGAUUGUCGGAAUUGGAUACAAUGGGAUGCCUAAUGGCUGCAGCGAUGAUGUACUACCCUGGACAAGAACAGCAGCACAUAGGCUAGACACAAAAUAUCCUUAUG